CUGACCUUUCCAAUCGAGAGCUUGUGAUUUGGCGCUGAGCGAGAGACCGACCAGGCCCAAAGCAAGGCGCUUUUGUUAUCCAGAGGAAGAGGGAGCUAGAGGCAUUAAACAGGCUACAUAGGGGGGGCCAGAGUUGAACAUAUUUCUCCGCCAAGAUUCUGCGAAAGGCUUCGGUCUCUAGAUCCAGGAAGAGUCGAGCAAUGGGAUUGGGCAGCGACCAGUUACCGUAAACCCCCCUCUUCUUCAGAAACGGAUGUGAAACAGAGAGGCCUGCGCUCUUAUCAAUAUUCCACGAUAUUUUUUUUAUUUCAUACUUUUAUACAGAUUGUACAAGGAAGCGUAGAUACCUGGCGCAUGUGUUUAGAAUGGGACACGCUGAAGGUCCUGUCAAAGAAAAAUACAGUUAAGGAUGCAGGAGCACAACAAUGGAUUUCUCCUUCUCUUUCAUGCAAGGGAUCAUGGGAAACACAAUUCAGCAACCCCCUCAGCUCAUUGACUCAGCCAACAUCAGACAGGAGGGCACCUACGAGACCGGUAGUGAUCCGGGUGAGGAUGGAGGUCCCUCCUACGAUGGUGCCCUGGAACCAGAGUUUUCUUAUCCCCCGUCAGCCUCCGAGGACAUGCCUCAGGUCCCCAAUGGUUAUCCCCCGGGUCUGGGCUUAUAUGAGCCACAGACCAAGUUCUCCAUGUACUCGCAGUUCCCAAAUGGCUCAGCUAAUGGCUACGGGGCGAUACGGGGCUACGGAGAGCAUGGUCUCAUGCCAGGGGAGUCAACAGUGCUGAGAGGCCCUGGUCUCCAGGAGAGACCGCUGUCACCUAUCUCCCCGCCUUUACCCUCGCAUCACCCACACCUCCAUCACCACCCCCAUCACCACCAUGCACACCACUUCCACUCAAACCCACCUCAUCUGCAAACUCACCCACACCCACACCAACACCAACACCCUCAGAGCCCUCCACCGCUGCCCUCCCAGCAUCACCUGCCCCAAACGCCUCACAUUAUGACUCACACACUUCCCCCUCCUCCCACAUUACUUCUGCCCUCAUCCAGCCCUCCGCCCUCCCUACUGCCCGCCCAACCUUCUCACACCCCAUCUGCCACACCUAGUGCGGUGAUGAAGAAAACCAGCUCUCCAGAGAUCAAACUGAAGAUCAUAAAAACGUAUCAGAAUGGCAAAGAGUUGUUUGAGUCCGCUUUGUGUGGAGAUUUGCUUCAGGAGUUGCAGGAGUCCCAGAAGAAUGAGGUCACACAGACACAGCGCAGGCAUGAAAGGAAGAAGGAAAAGAGGAAAAAGAGUGCAAGACUGCAGGUGCAGGCCCAGAAACAGGGUUUGGACCAAGGUCAACCACAAGGUACCACAGGCCAGACGGAGGACACCCAUGUCGAGCCUGAGCCUAGAGAAUUACCUAUGGCUCAGACUGAGAGGCCUCAGAAGACUGUUACCAAAACUGAGCCAAAGGCUGCAAAGGUUCCAAAAGUCCAUCACCCCUCAGUGAUCCAAGAGACUGGAUUCUGUAAAGAGUUUGUGAUUGGGGAUCUGGUGUGGUCCAAGGUUGGCACGUACCCCUGGUGGCCUUGCAUGGUCUCCUCUGACCCCCAGAUGAAAGUACACACACGUAUCAACACCAGGGGUCACAGAGAGUAUCAUGUGCAGUUCUUUGGCAGUGUGGCUGAGCGAGCGUGGAUCCAUGAGAAGAGAAUAGUCAUGUACCAGGGGGAGCACCAGUUUGAUGAGCUGCAGGCUGAGACACUGCGCAAGACCACAAACCCUGCAGAGAGAUAUAAGCUGCUGAAGCCCAUCCCACAGAGAGAGCGUGCCCAGUGGGAGGUGGGUGUGGGCCACGCUGAGGAUGCCUUCCUGAUGACGCGGCAGGAGCGCAUCGACAAUUACACCUUCAUCUACGUCGACCCGGACCCCAAUGAGCCUCCACCGACCAAGAAGACCAAUAUCAGGUCUGAAAAACGUACCCAGCGCUCCAGUGGCUCAACCAGUAAGAGGGAGGAGGCACAAGUCACGUCACCAGACAGAGAGCAGCAGCCGCGAAGACAGCUGCCUCGCCGACAAUGCAGCAUUCCAAAUGCAAACGACCCCACCAACUCCCACACCUCAGAUAGUGACAAGAACCAGAGGGGAAACCCCAGCCAGACCGGCUCCCCAGCCCAGGAUGCUGUGUCAGAUGCACGAGUACGGCAGGAGUCCCCACCACCAGUGAGGGCCUGGAAAACGGCAGCAGCCAGGAAGCUUCUGCCUCUCUCCAUCACCAUGAAGAAGCUGAAUGUGGAAAUCACUAAGUGCGACUGGCCUCUCCUGCAAAAGAAAGCCGCUCCCUCACCUCAAAAAGAGAAGGAAGAGGAGAGGGAGGAGAGAGUUGAGGGAGAGGUCAGGCAGGCUGACCUAGGAUACUGUUCCCCGGAGGACUGUGGUGCGAAGCCCGAACCCAGUCCGGAGGAGGAGGAAGAUGGGGAUGAAGCAGAUGAAGACGGGGAAGAGAGGAGAGGUUCACCUGCCAGCCGUAGGAGUGAGGAGGGAGGGAUGCAACAGACCUCCUCUCCUGGCUCUCACCACAGUAGUCCACCAGGUUCCCAGGAGAGGAAGCAGCAGCGGCGGUCAGUCAGGAGCAGGUCCGAGUCUGAGCGAGGGAGUGAUCCCGUCCCAAAGAAGAAAACAAAAAAGGAACAGGCUGAGAUGGCUCCUGAAACCACACUGAGGACGGGGUCACAGAAAGGAGCCAGUGAAAUCUCAGAUGCCUGCAAACCCCUGAAGAAGCGAAGCAGGGCCUCUACAGAUGUGGAGAUGACCUCGUCCCAGUACAGAGACACCUCUGACUCUGACUCCAGAGGCCUCAACGACCCCCAGGGUUUGUUUGGAAAGAGUCUCGAUAGCCCAGCUGCAGCAGACGCAGAUGCGUCAGACACUCAGUCAGUGGACUCCAGCCUUUCUCGUCAGGGCAGCAACACUAGCAAGAGAGACACCGUGUGUCAGAUCUGCGAGGCGUACGGAGAAGGUUUAGUAGUAUGCGAGAGUGACUGCAGCAGACAGUUUCACCUGGAUUGUCUCGGCCUGACCUCUCUACCUGACGGCAAAUUCACCUGCUUGGAGUGUAGAAACGGCAGUCAUUCUUGCUUUAGCUGUAAAACGGUGGGGAGAGAGGUGACACGCUGUUCCAUAGCUGGUUGCGGCUGUUAUUACCAUGAGGAUUGUGUCCGUAAGCUCCCGGGCACCACCAACAAUGUGAAUGGAGACUUCUGCUGUCCGCAGCACACCUGCUCGACCUGCUGCCUGGAAAGAGACCUGCAGCGUGCCAGCAAAGGACGUAUGAUGCGCUGUAUACGCUGUCCGGUGGCCUAUCACACAGGAGACAGCUGCGUGGCUGCCGGCAGCAUGGUCCUCACCCAUCACAUCAUGAUCUGCAGCAGUCACGGCAGUGCCAAGAAGAAUGGCCUCCUCUCUUCACCCAUUAAUGUGGGAUGGUGCUUCCUCUGUGCCAGAGGGCUGUUAGUGCAGGACCUUACUGACACCAUAUUAAGUUCAUAUGCCUAUAAGUCCCACUACCUUCUGACUGAGUCAAAUCGUGCUGAGUUGAAAUUACCUAUGAUUCCCUCUCCUUCGUCAGCUACCAAAAAGAAUGUGGGGAAAGGAGGCAAGCUGCUGUGCUGCGACUCGUGUCCAGCCUCGUUCCACCCGGAAUGUCUGGAGAUGGAGAUGCCAGAGGGCGCGUGGUCCUGCAGUGAUUGCAGAGCAGGGAGGAAACCUCACUACAAACAGAUUGUCUGGGUGAAGCUGGGCAACUACAGGUGGUGGCCAGCAGAGAUCUGCAACCCUCGCUUGGUACCAUCCAACAUCCAGAGCCUCCGCCACGAUAUUGGCGACUUCCCCGUCUUCUUCUUUGGUUCCCAUGACUACUAUUGGAUAAACCAGGGACGUGUCUUCCCUUAUGUGGAAAACGACAAGAACUUUGUGACGGGACAGAUCAACAUCAAUAAAACCUUCAAGAAAGCUCUUGAAGAAGCUGCCCGAAGGUUUCAGGAGCUCAAGGCUCAGCGGGAGAGCAGGGAGGCGUUAGAGCAGGAACGCAACUCGCGCAAACCUCCGCCAUACAAAUUCAUCAAGUUGAAUAAGCCGGUGGGGAAAGUGCAAGUGCAUGUAGCAGACCUAUCAGAAAUCCCACGAUGCAACUGCAAGCCAACAGAUGAGCAUCCGUGCAAUUUCGACUCUCAGUGUCUCAACCGCAUGUUGCAGUAUGAGUGCCAUUCACAGGUAUGUCCUGCAGGAGACAGCUGUGAGAACCAGUGUUUCUCUAAGCGUCUGUACGUAGAGACUGAGGUGAUGAAGACGGAGGGUCGUGGCUGGGGCCUCAGGACCAACCAAGCUCUCAAGAAGGGGGAGUUUGUGAUGGAGUACGUGGGAGAGGUGAUAGACUCGGAGGAAUGCCAGCAGCGAAUUAAACGUGCCCAUGAAAACCACGUGACCAACUUCUACAUGCUCACACUCACUAAGGAUCGGGUGAUAGACGCCGGGCCCAAGGGAAACUCUUCCAGAUUCAUAAACCACAGCUGCAGCCCCAACUGUGAGACCCAGAAAUGGACGGUCAAUGGAGAUGUCCGCAUCGGUAUCUUCACCCUGUGUGAUAUCGAGGCUGGCACAGAGCUGACAUUUAACUACAACCUGCACUGUGUGGGCAACAGGAGAACAUCCUGUCACUGCGGAGCGGAGAACUGCUCCGGGUUCCUCGGUGUUCAGCCAAUGAGUGCAGCGGUGAUGGAAAAAGAGGAAAAGGCCAGAAACGCCAAGCUGAAGGCCAAGAAGCGGAAGCUGCGGCCAGAGGGCAAGCAAACACAUGAGUACUUCUGUUUCUGCUGCGGAGAGGGAGGGGAGCUUGUCAUGUGCGACAAGAAGGACUGUCCCAAAGCAUACCACCUGCUGUGUCUGAACCUCACCAAGCCCCCCUACGGCCGGUGGGAAUGUCCGUGGCAUGACUGCAGCAUUUGCAGAGCCCCGGCGUCAUCUCUCUGUGACUUUUGCCCUCGCUCCUUCUGCCGGGACCACGAGGUGGGCUCUCUCAGCAACUCCUCCCUGGAAGGACGCCCCUGUUGCUCCAAUCACAACCCCCUCAGUCCCCUAGGCACCAACCCCAACUGCACCCAGUCCUCUAGCCCCAAUCCGAGCCCUGUCAGGGUCAAAGAGGAACCCGAGGAGGAGGAGGAGGAGGAGAACCUCAAUGGACUCCGUACACAAUCCACCUGUGACUGGAAGCAGCACACUAUGAAGGGGAAUACAGUGCUUUUUGACCAGUGCUGCAGCCGAUAA